GCACAUUGAGGCUGCAAAAAAACACAUCUCACUUGGCAAACAAUUUACGCGUUUGGGUUUUACGCGAGAAUUGGGUGGCUUGAUUGAUUAUCAGCUCGCAUCACCCUUGUGGCGAAUGCGUGUACACAUUGUGAUAUUUAGCGUUUAGAAAAGCAUCAAGCGUGUAGUUAAAUUCGGCACAGCGCAGCUGAGAGCUAAACGAGUUGUGCGUGCAAGUGUGGCAUAUAUGACGACGGGUCAAAAAAAUACAAGCUGGUAAGCGCUGCGACUGGGCCUCCCCCUUCUUCAAUCGGUUGAACAUUUACUCCUGAAUGCGUGAUUUCGUCUUGUCCGUGUGAUCUUUCCCUAUUCAUAAUAGCGUUCAUUACGGUAGAAGAAAAUCCUCUUCCUUUUUCGUUGCUUUGUGUCGUGCGCGAAAGCCCUUUCCGCGAGUGUCUGUGUUUUUUUCUGCGCUAGUUUUGGUCCGAACACAAAAGCCCCCCAGUGCUUACAUAAAACCGUGAAACUCGUGUGUUUCGUCAGCAAGCUAAGCUGCACACAAAAAUAAGAUUCGCAGGUACACACGGUAGCGGAAGGAACAAAAAAAAGGAACCUGUGGUCCACCUGACUUUUCUCCGACUUUCUCGGCCGUCCACCGACCUGCCUGAAGAAGGUAUUCGAACGGAGGCGCCUCACCUAAAUAGGAAGAAAACUUCCGAACAGCACAGAGCGAUACGGUCAGGCACGUGAGCGAAAGAGACGGGAAGAGACUGUUCGAGAAGCAGCAGCAGAGUAGCGCCGAACCGGAAAAGAAACACCACCAUCUAAGCAACAGUUCGAUUCGAAGGAGGGUUUCUCCGCCUAAAACAAAGAUAUAUCCAGCUGGAUAAUCGCUAGGUUGCCCUAGACCCAUAGGCCAACCCCGUCCAGGAAAAUGUCCACUCCAGCUCGCAGACGUUUGAUGAGAGAUUUCAAAAGGCUUCAGGAAGAUCCACCAACCGGUGUGUCCGGCGCACCGACCGAUAAUAAUAUUAUGAUCUGGAAUGCUGUGAUUUUCGGACCGCACGACACACCUUUCGAGGAUGGUACGUUUAAGCUCACGAUAGAAUUCACCGAGGAGUAUCCCAACAAACCGCCCACGGUGAGGUUCGUGUCGAAGAUGUUUCAUCCGAACGUAUACGCCGACGGUGGAAUUUGUUUGGAUAUAUUGCAAAACAGAUGGAGUCCCACAUACGAUGUGUCAGCUAUUUUAACAUCAAUUCAGUCGUUAUUGAGCGAUCCAAAUCCAAAUUCGCCAGCCAAUUCGAUGGCGGCGCAGCUCUACAAAGAAAACCGCCGCGAAUACGAGAAACGAGUGAAAGCCUGCGUCGAGCAGAGUUUUAUCGACUAGCCCCGUUCCCGUUGCUGUCUUUGUCCUAACCGUCUUCGCUCUCGCUGUUGUCGCCAUCACCAACGCCCUCAUCGUGUCACCUUUCGCUUUGAACCGGAAGACAGCGAUCAUCGCCGUUCUUUGUUCGAUGUCACCGUACAUGGUACGGUGGCUCCAUCACGGGAUAUCCUUACGCUUCACAAUUCCCAGCAUUACGGACAGAUGAUACUGCGGUAACUUUUCUUCCGGCCAUGUUCCCUGCUGCUUAUCACAUAGCGCGCGCCCUCAGCAGCGUUCCAAUCUGAUCGAUGUUUUCAAGUGAGUGUCAAUCGUAGUGUCGAACGACCCUCGGGGUAAUAUCGAUCGUGUGACACUUGCGGUACAGUUCACAUAAGCGGACAAUGUGUAAGUAAUGAUUGUUCUGCUUACGUACUUUAUCUUUAGGUUCUGUUGCGUUUGAUUUAUUAGGCAAACAUUUUUUUGUUCACAAUUUUCAAUGAAGUAAAAAUUUAUACCAUAUACAGUUUAUCAAGUCAGCAAAUCUGCUAAGGGGACAGGCAAAUAUAAUACUGUCCAGUCAAACAAUCUCGGAUCGAUGUUACUACAAUCUAGAACGUUUCCUUCCCUCUACUAUUUCGGUUUCUGAUUUCACGCCGGCUAUAAGCUAUGUCCUUUGAAGUGUGAUUAACCAUAAUAUUGUGCAUCUAUUGAAUACAUGUUAGCGCAAUUCUUAAACCAUUUAACAUACAACAGUAAGAAGUGUAAGUGAAAAAGUGGAUAAGCAUAAGGAAAAACGGGGAAAAAUGUAAUUUUUGAACUGUUGUAAUAGAAGAAUACAUUGCAUUAAAACAAAGUUGAUGUGAAAACAAAUUGUUCUAUAACGAAUCUUGGAAUGGAAUAAAUGGUGUUUACAAUGGCUGGUAACACUACCAUAGGCUUCUACGAAAUUAAAAUACUGUACACUUUUAUACCAUUUGCCAAAAAACAGGUUGCCAACGGCGAUGGCGUUAAUAGCCAUCCGAUGGUGUUAGCAUGAUCCCCUAACUCCCUUCACAUUCUUCAUUGCUUACACUUAUCCGGUCUGCUUCUAUCUAUCCCAUUGGCCGGCUAUCGGCGGCUACAAUUGACAAUGACUUGACCAGUCAACCGAUUUCGUAUAGAAGGCAUGAUCCUGUCGAUAAUUUACCACACCCAGACGUGCGGAUGAGUCUGAAGAGGAUCACACACACAGCCAUCUGCACUACUUCAUUACUAGGUCGUUCUUCUUCUUGGCGUAAUGGCCUACUACUAGGUACAUAUACCUGCCAUUUCUGGCUUACUAGACUUAUUCAACCACGUAGCCGGAUAGCCAAUCCUUGAUAAGGGCGAUAGAUCAGAAUGAAAUUUUGGAUCGGUAAUGUCGAAUGAAGAUCGACGCCACUACCACUACUUCUUUUUAUUUGCCGAUUAAAUUACCCUCUAAAAUACACAAUGAUGAAUCACGGGGAAAAACCAGGUCCCGCAAAGCUGCAUAAAAUUAUUGCACAGAUUACACUAACUGGGCUGGGUGUACUACCGCUUCGAUGAUAGUAGAUACGACGUAGCAGAGGUGUGGAGAAGUAAAAGGAUUCGCGCAAAAUGGGCUGCUGGGAAUGGAUACGUUAUGGUGAAAUAUUAUGGUAAUAUGUAAGCAUAUUAUAUACUGUCGCGAAUACACUCGACGAACAAACCAGGGAAAGAUAGCAAUGAAAGCUCCGAGUGGGUUGAUAUAAAAUUUAAUUAUUACAUUAAAAGAAUACACACAAACACACACACACACACAAAUGCAUAAAAGAACGCGACUCCACAAACUAUUGGAACUCACAACAUGAACUCGACCUGAUAAUGUCUAAUAAUAAAUAAUAAUAAUUAAUCAAACGAAAUUUAAGCAAACAAAAACUCUACUGAGCUAGGGAAACGAGGAGAAAACAUGAAGCGCAACGUGUGAAUUGCAUACAAUUAGCUGGUGAUGAAAUGCGUACAAGAGCACCGUCAUGUGAAAAUGUGAAGCAAACAUAAUUCUUAAUAGCAAUUGUAUGAGAAAGCAGUCGCUGGAUACCAGAAGCCAGGAAAUUAUAACGAAACUAAACAAAGAAAAAUAAAGCGUAUAA